AUGUUGGCUAAUAAAUCAAAUAAUUUGGCUGAUAAUAAUGAACAAAGGAUUCUCAUUUUUGACGAUAAAUCUCAUCAGGACUUAAAAGUAGACCAUCAGCAUCUACAAGCGCAUAAUAAUAGUAUCAAAGAAACAAAUGCUGAAAAUGGAAAUGGUAUUGAUGGUGAUAUAACUGUGAUAGAUCUCUGU